AUGGACGACCUCGCCAAUCGUACUGAACAAAUCACGCUCAAUGACUCGUCGAAGUGCCUAGAGUCGAAGAGCUCACCGGAUCUUGCACCUUUUGUUGCGUCUCACCUGGAGGUGGUUUACAGCUCGCUCAAAGCCUUGCCCGGGGUUGAUUUCUUCCGGGACAUCCAACAUGAGACUACUAACGACGGCAGUAACAAUGGGGUUGUAGACCCCCUCGCUUCCCUAGCAGCGCUUCGAGAGUAUAUGGCUAGUCCGGCCUCUUCGGCAAUGGGACCUGUCAAGCAGCAGAACUAUUCUGCACCCAUUAGUGACUAUUUCAUCUCUUCGAGCCAUAACACUUACUUGACUGGGAACCAAUUGUACAGCGAUUCAGACGCCAGUGCUUAUACAAAUGUCCUUUUAAAUGGAUGUAGAUGCGUCGAGAUCGAUGUAUGGGAUGGCGAGCGAAGCUCCGAAAGUGCAUCUGCUGAUGACACAAGCAGUAGUAGUAGCGAUUCAAUCUCUGAGAGAAAGAUAAAGCAAGGGUCAAAAAGGGAAAGGCUCAAGAGUAUGGCUAAACGACACUCACGCUUGGGGUCCAUGUCAACCAAACUGGGGGGUCUCAUAGGCCGCAAGUCAUCUCCUGAGGACGUGCCUCUCGACAGCAGUGCCCCAGUGGAUCCUGCGACUGAGGUCCCGCCACCCCCAGAGCCCCAGGUGCUUCAUGGUCACACGCUUACAAAAGGGACCACAUUCCGAGAUGUGUGUUAUGCUAUCCGCGAUAGUGCUUUUGUUACAAGUGACCUACCGGUGAUUGUUAGCCUGGAAGUGCAUGCAUCUCUGGAACAACAACAGGCGAUGGUAGAGAUCAUGGAGGAGGCCUGGAAAGGGAUGCUGGUGGAAGUCACACCCGAGAAGGAGGCGACUGAUCCACUGCCUGCACCGGAGGAUCUAAAACGAAAGAUCCUGAUUAAAGUGAAAUACGUGGCGCCGACGAGCGAAGACAAAAAUGAGGAGACGCCAGAAGGCAAUGGCGAUGAGCUCGAGGCACUCAAGCAGCACGCCAACCAAGGUGACUUGAGUAGCACUGACGAUAAGCCAUCGGAUGCACCCCCAAAGAAACCAUCAAAGAUUUUAGAAGCUCUUAGCAGACUGGCUAUAUUCACCAAAGGGUUCCAUUUCAGUCACUUUGAACAACCAGGUAACUACUCUGAUUGA